CUGUACACCGUAAGGAUUUACAACUCACCAUGAUUUUUGCGCAAUGGAUUAACAUAUUUGGAAACUACCACACAUAAAUCCAAGUAACCCGUCAGGUUUCAGAUUAUCUGUUCAUCUCAAACGAGUAUUAUUUUUUUCUUUUGGAUAUCUUUUUGGACAAUUUUGCAACCAUUGUACAUCAUGGCAAAUACUUGCAUGCAGUUCAUGGGGUUUGUGAUGAGUUUCCUUGGUUGGAUCGGGCUUAUUAUCGCCACUGCCACUAAUGACUGGGUAGUGACUUGUAAAUAUAACAUGAACACCUGUAAGAAGAUGGAUGAACUUGAGGCCAAAGGUCUGUGGGCAGACUGUGUGAUAUCAACUGCGCUGUAUCACUGCAUCACACUGACUCAAAUUCUCGAUUUACCAGCUUACAUCCAGACAUCUCGAGCGCUAAUGGUCACCGCAUCGAUUUUAGGAUUGCCUGCUGUCUCUCUCGUGCUCAUGUCCAUGUCCUGUAUUAACCUCGGCAGUGAACCGGAAAGUGCCAAGAACAAACGAUCCGUGCUCGGAGGAAUCCUAAUACUGCUGACUGCUUUUUGUGGCAUCAUCUCCACUGUGUGGUUUCCCAUUGGGGCCCAUCAUGAGAGAGGCCUGAUGUCCUUUGGUUUCUCCCUGUAUUCUGGCUGGGUGGGCACUGCGCUCUGUUUGCUGGGAGGCUGUAUGAUCACCUGCUGUUCAGUUGACACCCCUGAAUCAUACACUGACAACAGUCGAUUCUACUACUCCAAACAGGGCCCCACCCAUCCUGGCACUGCCUCAACUGCCUCCACUAACCAUGCCAAAAGUGCUCACGUGUGAGCUUGGGGAUUACUCUUGUGUACUACAGCUCAGCAGACCAUUAGCAACUUAACCCAGCCCAUCAGAUUUCUGCUCUCUCUCCAUCUGUUUUUUAUCACUGAACUGUAUCCCUUUAACUCGACAGCAGGGUUAGCUGACCCAGAUGUUACAUAACAAGGGACAGUCGCUGGUGAAGUGCCUGCUGUUAUCAAGGGACCUGUACUGAAGGAUUUAUUUUCUAUGUGGUCACUGAUUCUGCGCAGUACAAUGUGCCUUUUUUAAGUAUUGUUUUUGUAGUGAGAAAUCAUGUUUUAAAAUCAUGUAUUUCAUAUUUUUAUAUGAAUACUAACAGUAUUUGCCAAUGUUGUUUCUAUUCUGAAUCUUUCCUGUUUUUUUUAAUCUAUUUGAAAAGGUAUGUAAGAAGUACAAAUGUCUUUUCAUUUUGAUUAAUUUUAGAACAGUUUAUGUCAAGCAGACACAGUGAAGAUAAUGUCUUGCUCAUUGUUUUUACUCCAACUGCCCAAAUGAUAUUCAACCAAAAUUGGAUCAAAACAGUAAUUGACUGUUAUUUAUUGUAAUACUUGUAUGCAGUUUGUAUGUUUGUUGUAAUAAACAGUGUUGUCCAUGUGAAAGUGCCUCCUCUUCAGCUGUAAUACU